AUGGCCACACCGAGCGUGCAAGAGGUUCUUCCCACUCCACUGAAUUCUACUUCUGAACAACCUCCCCUCUUUGAUGGAACUACAAGGUUGUACACCUGUUACAAAUGCCCAUUUGCACAACGCGUGUGGAUCAUCCGUAACUAUAAGGGAUUACAAGACAAAAUCAAAUUGGUCGGACUUGACCUUCCAAACAGACCUGAUUGGUACAAAGAGAAAGUGUACCCUGCAAAUAAGGUUCCAUCGUUGGAACACAAUGGCAAAAUCAUUGGAGAGAGUCUAGAUUUGAUCAAAUAUGUCAACAGUAACUUUGAAGGGCCUGCACUUCUACCCGAAGAUGCUGCUAAACAGAAGUUUGCUGAAGAGUUGUUAUCCCACACUGAUACAUUCACGAAGGAGGUGUAUGCGUCAUUAAUUAAAGGAGACGAGCCAGUGAAAGAAGUCGGUCCAAAUUUUGAUUACACUGAAACUGCUCUUCAAAAAUUUGAUGAUGGACCUUUCUUCCUUGGCCAAUUCAGUCUGGUGGACAUAGCCUAUGCCCCGUUUAUCGAAAGGUUUCAUGUGUUCUUGCAAGAUGUGUGGAAGUAUGACAUAACUGCAGGCAGGCCUAAACUGGCGACAUGGAUCGAGGAGAUGAAUAAGAUUGAUGCUUACAAGCAAACAAAAACUGAUCCCAAGGAGCUUGUUGAGUCCUACAAUAAGCUGUUUCCGGUCUUGCGGGCCCAGCAGUGAAUGUUUUGGCGAUGUUCUUUUAAGUAAUACUAAAUAAGUUGCGAUGCUCGAGUGUGUAAGAAGUUGGCUCUGGUGCCUUCUAAAGUAUCAGGUCUAAUAUUUGAAUAAAUCUUGGGUGCAAACAAUUUCUUAAGAGGCGGUGUAUGAGUGAAAAAAAAAAAAGAAAAAAAAAAAAGGUGAAUAAGCUGCUUUAUGGGUAAGCAGAAGUGUAUAUAUGUGUAAACACGAGACAUGUGAGGCAGGGGUACAGAUUAUAUAGGUUUUGGAUGGCGUGUGUGUGUAGCACAAUGCCCUUGGUGUUUCCUAAUAUGUUUAAAUUUGUAUUAGGGAGACAAUAUUGGCACUCUUGUCUUCUAAAAUUGCACUGCACUUGAAUUUUUCUUUCACAAGAGAGAAUUUAUUCAAUAAGGAACCUUUUUUUGGGUCCUCUAUUUCUUUUUUAUUAUUGCUCGUCAAAAUAAAGAAUUUUUUUGAUUAUUUUUUUUGAAGUGUUGUGUCAAACUUUAUUUUAUAAGUAAUAGAAUCCUUGUACAAGGGAAUCAGUAAAAGAAUUUGAUUCAAGUAGGAGUAAAAAUUUCAUAUUUUGUUUGUGGAGGGCGUUUUGCUUGUUUCAAAUUCAAACUCAUUGUUUGAACACAAACUUCACUUUUGCACAAUCUCUAAUCCUUAAUGACGUGGCACCAUCAUUCCUCGAGCUUUUUAACACAUGACCAAAUUAGAAAGUUGACGUGCAAAUGAUAUUCUUGAAAAAAAUAUUCAAUUAUCACCAUUAAAGUGACAUCUCAUUUUCCAAAUCAACUAAUGUCGAGCUGCCAAAUUAAAUUACUGUUUUAAGGUAAAUAAUGUGAAAUCAAAUUCAUAAUUUUUAUAUCAUCAAACAAACCAUCAACAGUUGGUUACAUACACUUAGAAGCCGACAUCGGCAAAAAAAAAAAAAAAAAAAAAAGGAAA